UCCAUUUUCCAAACCGCUUAUCCUACUGGGUCGCGGGGGGUCCGGAGCCUAUCCCGGAAGCAAUGGGCACAAGGCAGGGAACAACCCAGGAGGGGGGGCCAGCCCAUCCCAGGGCACACUCACACACCAUUCACUCACACAUGCACACCUAUGGGCAAUUUAAACUAAACUCUGCAUUAGUUGUAAGGAACCAUUGUCAAAGUGAUUACGUCAUCAAGGCCUCUUGAGUAAGUCCUUUCACCCCCAGUUGCUCCAGGGAUUGUCUGCCACCUCCACUUCCUCCUGAUUAAACAUCACUCACGGCUUUACAGGAGCAGCGGCCAUUGCAGAGUCACCAAUGUUGAGGAGUUACAGGCGCCGGAUUGACCAUAAAGCACUCGGGGGUGCCCUACGGCCAUUCUGCAAACUGGGCAUCAGUUGAACAGCCCGACAUGGAAAGAGCAACAGAGAGGGGAGCUGUGGAUACUCUGGUACUCUGGGGUCUCACUCUGCUCACAUUACCUGGGGUCCUGCGUAGCGAAUGGGCUGUAGAGUACUCAGGAAAUCCACUCUGUGCCAUCAGAGGAUCCACUGUGGUCAUUCCCUGUUCAUAUAAAUAUCCAGAUUUAUUUAAAGUAGAGACAGUCAUGUGGUGUCAUGAUGAUGAGUUCUGUAAUAAAAUGGCAUAUGUCUCUCACAGCAAUAAUACAGACAUUAGUGAUGCUUUCAGAGACAGGGCAGAAUAUUUAGGGAACAAAGAGAAGAACUGCACAUUACAGAUAAAGAACAUUACAAAGAAAGAUGCUGGUGAGUAUACAUUUAGGUUCAUGACCAAUGACAAUGCAGGAAAAUGGAGUGGAGUACCUGGAAUGAACCUUAAAGUUCAUGAAUUAAAGGUGGCGAUGACCCCACAGAAAGAGGUUAAAGGAGUCAGUGAAGGAGACUCUGUGAAUCUGACAUGUGGCACAGGCAGCUGCUCUCUCAGCCAAUCAGAAUUCACCUGGUUUAAGGACAACCAGCAGCUCCCAGAAACACAGUCCACACUUCACUUCAGUCCUGUCUGCAAAUCUCACUCUGCAAACUACUCCUGUGGAUUAAAAGGCAACAGACAGACUGUGUCUGAAUCAAUGAAUUUCUCUGUCAAAGAUGAUGCAUGGACUGUGCGUUACACAGAGAGAAACCUGUGUGCAGCGAGAGGAUCGACUGUGUUCAUUCAGUGUGAAUAUGAGUAUCCAGAGCCAUACAAAGUGAACUCCAGCAUGUGGAGUCGGAAUGAUGUGGACUGUACUGGGAAACCAUAUGUCUAUCACAGUAAUAAUGCAGACAUCAGUGCUGAGUACACAGGCAGAGCAGAACUCUUGGGGAACAGCGUGAGGAACUGUACAUUGCAGAUAAAGAACAUUAGAAAGACGGAUGCUGGAGAGUAUAGAUUCAGAUUCGUAACGAACGGGUGUGAGAAGUGUGGUGGACCUGGAGUGACUCUUCAAGUUGCUGAACUGAAGGUGGUGAUGACCUCAUCCAGAGUAAAUGGAACAAUGAAGGAAGGAGACUCUGUGAACCUGACAUGUGACACAGAUAGCUGCUCUCUCAGCCAAUCAGAAUUCACCUGGUUUAAGGACAACAAGCAGCUACCAGAAACACAGUCCACACUUCACUUCAGUCCCAUAUCCUACAAUCACACAGGAAAAUAUUCAUGUGCUUUAAAAGGACAUGAUGAAACUAUGUCUGAUGUCAUCUCACUGGAUUUUCAAUAUAUCAAAACCACAUUUGUUCUGGCUAUUCUAUGCACAGUGUUGGCUGUUUUAAUUGUAUUCCUUAUAAUUAUCCUUUGCAUUGUGAGAAGGAAAGAUUCAGUGAAUGAGGUGAAGGACACAGACAGGAAAAGAUCAUUUACAGUUACAGAAGAGUACGCGAACAUUGCUACCACAUCCCAGCUCGGGGACCGGAGACAGGAAGUUUCAUCACAGCUGGAGGAUACCUGUUAUGCUUCUGUUACUAGGCAACCAGAAAAGAAGACCAAUUCAUGGGAAAUGAAGAACGUCACAGGAAGGCCAACAUCAUUUACAGAAGACACUGAGUAUGGGAACAUCACAAGGCCUGAUAUGUCUCCUCCGGAAGACGACGUCUGUUAUGCUUCUAUUCAGCUGAUAAACAAGCACCCGAAAAAUAAGCGUGCUGUGAGCAGAGAGCAGGAGAGUCAGGAUGAUGAUGCAGUAAUUUAUUCUGCGGUUGGAAUGACAGCAUCCCUCAGUUAAACGAGGCUUCCCUAAUGCUGGAGGUCCUCAGGGGAGAGAAGCUGGGUGCCGACAAUGUGCUGGGCCGGUUUCUCUACGUAUUCCUGGGUAUUUCGGACUGAAGGAGAACAACCGUCAAGCCGCACCUAAAUACAGCUUCUCAAGAUGCUCUUGAUGGUGCACCAAUAGAAGUUAGGCAGCAUCUGGGGUUAGAAAUUAAAGAAAUCUCAGAAAUUAAAGAUGCUGCUGCCUAUAUGAUAGUCCUUUCUAAUCAUUUUUUCACAAAUCAAAAAAACUGACAGUGGUACCCUGCUAUCCACUGAUUCACUAUCCGCUGAUCCACGCCAUACCAAGUUUUAACUUGAUCACAAUAAAGCAUCAGCCAAUGCUUGUA